UCACUGUGGGUAACAGUUCCACCUAUCGUGCGAAGGCAAGAAUGUUUUUGAAGUCAAGACUAGGGACGUCAUGCCCCUCCCACUCUCCAGUUCAUUCUUGCCUUCGUACGAACAAGAUUGGAAUUUCACGUAGCAUUUAGCUAAGUCUAUCUCUCUUUAAAACCUUUUUUCCUUUUUUCCGUUUUUUGUGUCUAGCCUACUGAGGAUCCCCUCAGAGACCGCGGCUGCGGCUCUCUUCCCCCUUUCCUCAAGGCUAUUUAAUUUCUUUUAUUUCCUUGACUGGGGGCUCCCUCUGAGACCGCGGCUGCGGCUCUCUUUGUUUUGGCAGUUUCAAGCCCCCUCCCCCCCCCCGGCUCUGUCGUAUCCGUAGCCAGGGGGCUCCCUCAGUGACCGCGGCUGCGGUUCUCUUUUUGAUCGCUUUUGAUCGCUUGUGAGGGAAGGGGAAUCCCCCUCCCUCCCCCCCCGAUCGUUACCACGGCUGCGGCUGAUCCGAUCUCUUGAUCGCUUGUGAGGGAAGGGGAAUCCACCCUCCUUCCCCCCCCCGAUCGUUGCUGCGGCUGAUCCGAUCUCAGCGGGAGCUUGCAGCUGCGGCUCCCGCUCUUACUCCUUACCGCAGAUUGCCCUCGCUACGUGGCUUAAAUCCCACUGCGAAGGGCUUUACAGACCGCUAUUGCGGCUCUCUCUGCGGCGGCUGCCGUUUUUUGCCUCUACCUGCCCUUCCAGAGUUUUUCCAGAGCCGCUACUGCGGCUUUCGGCGAGUCCGUGCUGUACAGCCCUUCUCCCAGUUCGCUUCCGACGGCCGCCAUUGCUCCUUCUUCCUCAGCCCCCUUUUGAUCGUUUUUUUCCCGCCCGUUUUUCUGGGCACCAUUUUUUGAAAUUCAAAAUUCCCGCCUUUUUCGUUACCAUUUUUUAAGCAUCGGAUACCUCCCCUGCAGGCUAUCUAUCUGUAUGUUUGUGUAUAUGUGCUGCUGACAAAUUUACACAAGGCUGAUUUACACACAUUUUUACUGUGGCUGUAAUCAUAGUGGCUGAAUUGUAUUAUUAAGGCUGGAGCUCCAAUCCUAGUGGGCUGGAUUGUAUUAUCAAGGCUGGAGCUUUAAUCCUAGUGGCUGGAUUACAUUAUCAAGGCUGGAGUUUUAAUCCUAGUGGCUGGAUUACAUUAUCAAGGCUGGAGCUUUAAUCCUAGUGGCUGGAUUACAUUAUCAAGGCUGGAGCUUUAAUAUCAGUGGCUGACUUGUACUAAAUCUGAUUUACAUUACAUAUCCUGCCCCCUAUGGGGCCGUGAACAAGCCAAAAACCCAGCCUACAGCACUAAUCUGAGUGUGCCAACUCUAAAACAGCCUAUAUUAUAUUAACGUUGAUACCUCUGUGCAUUCUGCCCCCUCUGUGGCAGUGCAUUCGCCAUCUGCCAGUGUAUCCUACCCCCUCCGUGGUAGUACGCUGUGCCAGUUCGGGUCUUUACAUCCUGCCCCCUCCGUGGCAGUGUACUGCACCCAGGUUCAUAUAAGAUGGCAGAACAGCCAGGCAUGUCACCAUCAACACACAUGGUGCCAGAUCAGCCAGACAUGCCACAAUCAGCCAAGCCACAACAUACUAACACGUCUAAGACCAGACAUGCCAAAGCACUGGCUAAGACAAAACAUCUUUCCAGCCAUAGUAAACCAAAGCGCCCUCGUUAUGUCUCUGUGCCAACAACCACCACAGCACAGACACACAUAAGUGAUAUUUUCCAUUCUCCUGCUCCUGCCUCUGACGAGGAAGAGUUUGUUGGCUUUCCCCCUCACGGUUCGCCUAACGAACCUACCUCUGGCUUACCGCCUCAGACAUCUGUUCCAAUAGCCCACCAGGCACAUACAUCUCACACAUCUGGUCUGCAGCUGUCUCCUGAUUUCCUCUCCCAACUCCAAGCCAUGCUGGCUUAUUUCACACAAAUGCAGUCACUACCAUAGGUUCCUGCCAGACCCCCACUCAACAUGGACCAACGUGCGUUCCAUGCUGCUCAUCCUUCCUGCUCGCCAGAUCCCUUCGAUUUAGCCAGAGGCAGAUGUACGGACGAAGCCUCGUAUGCGGAGGAGUUAACUUUCACUGACCAUGUUGAAGGAGACGACUGGAGCGACUAUUCAGAUCAUGAGGAGGAUACAUCGUAUCGCUUGUUCAAUACCUCAGAUUACCAACCGCUCGCACGUAGGGUACUUCAUACCCUUGGUCUCCAGACUGCGCCCUCAACUUCGUCCGCUCCAACUCUCAAAGGGGCCAAGGUCCUCAAAUCCCCUGCACCUACUGAACACUACAUCCCGGUGCCGGACCCAAUUGCCAAAUUAGCUUCCGAAGAAUGGGCCCACCCGCUCAAAGCUCGACGCUUCAAGAACAUGGCUGACAGACUUUACGCCCUAGCCCCAGACUUCGCCACCAAGUUAGAUGUCCCUGGCAUAGAUGAACCGAUCGCUCGCCUCGUUUCACGAUCUAUCUUGCCCAGGGAAGGGGAAUCCCACCUAAAAGAUACUACUGAACGUCGAAUAGACUUCGCCCUCCGCAAGAACCACGAGGCCACUGCCCUAGCCAUGCGUGCCUCUGCCUCAGCCUCCAUCUUCUCCAGAGCAUCUAUGAUGUGGCUGGAUGACCUUCUAGAGGAUGAUAACCCUGAUCCUGUCGCCUUCAAAAGAGCACUAUUGAAAUUACGUAAGACAGCAGCCUUUGUGGCCGAUGCCACUUUGGAUGCCACCCAAUUAGGGGCACGAGCCAUGACGACUCAAAUAGUCGCUCGUCGCACCCUCUGGCUUCGCCACUGGCAAGCUGAUUCAGCGGCUAGAUUGAACCUGUCCAAGGCUCCUUACUCCGGAUCUCUACUCUUCGGUGAGGAAGCUCUAAAGGCAGUUCUGGUUGAUCCAAAAGACGCCCACAAACCGGUUCUAGCCACAAUCAAGAACAUCGACCACAGGCCCCUCAGGCAAUUUCCCUCCUUUCGUUCUAACCAGCCCUUUCGAGGAACGCGACCAGGAGGACGAGGCCGCGAUUUCAGACCCUAUGAUUCCAACGCAUUCAGGGGCUCCUGGAACCGACGCCCCCAGGGCAGAGACCUACGGCUGGCUGGUCAACUUCGACAAAAGCCAUCUCCAACCAACCCAACGCCUACUACAUCUUGGGGCAAUGUUGGACACCCUGCAGGCAAUGGUCUUCCUGUCUCCAGAUUGCAUCACUGCCAUCACAAGCAUCGCAAGGUCCCUGAUGCAACAAACAUCCGCAGACGUCAUGCUUCUCGCCAGAGCGCUCGGGAUGUUUAUCUCCACAAUCCACAUUGUACCCUGGGCUCGAGCUCACACUCGGCCCCUUCAGUGGACUCUGUUGCCUUUUCAAAAAGACAUUGCCAGCUCCAACCAUCGCAAAGUUCGUUUGAGCCCCGCUCUGCGCCUCUCCUUCCGCUGGUGGACCAAGGUUCAACACCUCUCCAAGGGCACGUCGUUCAGAGAACCCCGCAGAACCGUCGUGACCACAGACGCCAGCCUCAUAGGUUGGGGAGCCCACUGCAACUCCCAGUAUGUUCAGGGGGUUUGGCCCAACGCAGAGCGAGCUCGAAGCAUCAACUGGCUGGAACUAAAGGCUGUCCACUUGGCUCUAUGUCAUUUUCAGUCUCUGUUCCCUUUGCAUCAUGUGCUCAUUCGAACAGACAACACGUGUGUAAAAUCACAUUUGAACAGACAAGGGGGCACCAGGUCUCGUCCUCUGCAGGACUUAGCCUCCCUCAUCUUUGUCUGGGCAGAACAACAUCUACAAUCCCUGAAAGCAGAGCACCUCAAAGGGAUUUUGAAUGUGACAGCAGACUGGCUCAGCAGACAACAGGUCUUCCCGGGAGAAUGGAAACUUCAUCCAGCCAUUUUCCAUCGUCUCCAGUGUCGGUUCGGCGCCCUCUCAGUCGACCUUUUUGCUUCCAGUCACAAUUGCCAGCUUCCCAGGUACUUUGCCCGAUACCUGGACUCAACAGCAGAAGCAGUGGAUGCUCUGACAACACCGUGGCCAGACGGUCUAUUGUACGCCUUUCCUCCCAUACCAUUGUUAGCCAAAACCUUGAGGAAGGCGCGAACCGAAAGGGCACAGCUGGUUCUGAUAGCACCAUUUUGGCCACGCCGUCCGUGGUUCUCAGAUCUUCUGGCAAUGUCAAUGAUGGACCCUUGGACACUUCCAGUAACGCCAGACCUCUUAUCCCAGGGUCCAGUACUGCACCAGGACCCUACUUGGCUCAAUCUAACAGCGUGGCGUUUGAACGGAGACACUUGAGGUCAGCUGGACUGUCUGACGCUGUGAUUGAUAUUAUUUUGGCCUCGAGAAGACCAUCUACCACUCGCAUUUAUCAACAUACCUGGGUGGCUUUCUCCAAGUGGUGUCAGUCCCACCACCACGACCCAUCCCAGGCCAAUGUGCACCAGGUGCUCCAAUUUCUCCAUAGUGGCUUUAUGACGGGACUUCGACCCAACACUCUACGUCGACAUGCGUCUACUCUGUCAUCCAUUCUCUCAGUGUCCUCUCCUGGAGAUCAUAUUUCCUCACAUCCGUUCAUCAAACGUUUUUUGAGGGGAGUCGCCCUACGCUCUCCGGCUGUUGUCCAUCGGUUCCCCUCAUGGAGUUUGCCGAAAGUUCUGCAGGCUUUGCAACGCCCUCCGUUUGAACCCAUCAGAACUGUGCCCCUACGUAUUCUGUCCUUCAAGGUCCUGUUUCUGAUUGCAAUCACAUCUGCCAGAUGCGUUUCGGAGUUGGGCGCAUUGUCUUCCGCUAGACACCUCUGCGUCUUCCAUAAGGACUCUGUUGUGCUGAAGACUGACCCUUCCUUUCGUCCCAAGGUCGAUUCAGUUUUUCAUUGCAACCAGGACAUUGUUUUGCCUUCCUUUUGCCCGAAUCCUACCCAUCCUCUCGAGAAGGCUUGGCAUUCGUUGGAUGUCCGGAGGGCUCUCAAGACCUACCUGUCUAGGACCCAAGAGAUUCGACGAACGGAGUCUCUGUUUGUAUCCUUUCAUCCAGGGUCUAUGGGGCAUAAAGUAUCCAAUCCUACCUUAUCCCGUUGGUUAAGGGCAUGCAUUACCUUAGCAUAUGAGUCCCUGAAGCUGCCAGUUCCUGCUAGUAUAACAGCUCAUUCUACUAGGUCAGCUGCCACUUCGGCUGCUUUUGCUACUAAUGCUCCUGUUGCCGAUAUUUGUAGGGCCGCAGUCUGGUCUUCCCCACACUCAUUUAUAAGACAUUAUAAAAUUGAUCGUUAUGCCUCUGCUGAUGCUUCUUUUGGCAGACGAGUGUUGCAACAGGUUCUUAAUGAGGAUUAACAUGUGGGUGGUCCCUCCCUAUAUGGGUUGCUUUGGUACAUCCCACAGUGAUGGCCCACUUCCUAUGGAAAAUGUAACAUUGGUCUCACCUGAAAGGUGAUUUUCAUAGGAAGGGGCCAUCACGACCCUCCCAGUUGGAGGAUGACUAGUGAUUUUAUCAAUGGGUUAUAUGUUAUUGUUUCCAUAUUAUAUUUAAAUGUAAGAGUGAAGUCAAGACUUUUAGUUCUGUUAUGUUAUGUAGUUAGGUUAGAGUCAUGUUGUUAUGCAUGUGACUAUUAUGUUAUUUUCCUGGCGGGCCUGUUGGCCUUGUUCUUGUAUUUUUAGAUAUCUCUUUUAGACUCGCUACGAAUGAACUGGAGAGUGGGAGGGGCAUGACAUCCCUAGUCUUGACUUCAAAAACAUUCUUGCCUUCGCACGAUAGGUGGAACUGUUACCCACAGUGAUGGCCCCUUCCUAUGAAAAUCACCUUUCAGGUGAGACCAAUGAUACACUCUUGUUUUAGGUGAACCUCCCAAACUGGUUUCUGUUUUUAGAAAAAGUAAAAUAACAGUCAACAGUAAAAAUAUAAUUAAAUACUGAAAACAGAAGACUUAAAUUGUAAAGUUAUCAAAAGUUAAUACACACAAAAAGCCUGGGUAUAUAGAAAGAAAACAGAGUUGGCACUAGGCAAGCGCCUUUGGGAGAACAUUCUCAACAUGGACUUACUACUACAACAGAGAAAGCCCUGUCAAAGGUCACCACGAAGGACCUGCAGAAUGCCUGGUUAAUACCUGGACAGAAUCAUGUGGGAGAAGGUAUUCCUUUGAGGUAUCCUGGAUCCAACUAUUUAAGGCUUUAAAGGUCAAAGCCAGCAGCAACUUGAAUUGGGUCCAGAAAUUAGUGCAGCUAUUUUAAGGCUAGUGAGAUGUGUUCCAUAUAUGUUUCCCAGUUUACUACCCUAGUUGCCAUAUUUUAUACUAACUACAGUUUAUGAGCCAUCUUAAAAGGCAUACCCACAUACAACACAUUGUUAGAACUACACUUGAGAAGGACUAGUAUGAGUUUCAAUAUUUGUUUUUAUAAUUUAUAAACCACCCUUCUAAUCUAGGUGGCUCCCAAAAAUCAGUAUAUAUGGGGAUAGUAAUCUGGACAUCCCUCCCGUUGUCAUGGACAGAUCACUGCUUGCUGAAGUUUAGACUUUCAGUGGCCUCUUCCCUCUGCAAAGGUGGGGGCAGAGCUUGGAAGUAACUCGUUAUUUUUAACGAGUUACUUUUAAUUCGUUACAAUUUUAAAUAACGAGUGGGUAAUUCCAUUACAUUUGGCAAGUAACGUAACGAAUAGUAAUUUCCCUACUUUUCAGCUUCAACUUUAACGUUUCCACGUUAGGUUGGACGUUACUUGGGGGCGGGAACAAGGGGAAGUCAGCUCCUGGCUGUGAUUGAUUAACCCAAGACAUGUGCCUCACACUGAUUGGACCUCUGCGCAGACUGUCUCUUCCCUCGUGAUCUGUGUUAGGAGGCACGAGGGAAGAGGUUGAAUAGGCAGGGGGAGCCUGCUAGCGUCUGACUCUGAGAGGAAAAAAUGGACGCCGGAGGAAAAAGCCAGGGCAAGGACAACAACGGAGGAGAAGGCUGCAGCAGAAUGGCGAAGAGCUGUGGAGGUGAGUGACGAUUAUUUGUGUGUGUGUGUGUGUGUGCCCCGGUGCGUGUGUUUUCGGCUGGAGUCUCUGGUUUUGGGGGGGCUCCGGCUCUCUGACUACCACCUCUUACUCUCUGGCCUCUCUGCUUCAAUUUUUCAAAAAAAUUAAGUUUCUAGGUGGUCUAAUUCCCGAGAUAUACACCAAAACGUAACCCCCCCCUGCAAAACUUUU